CCCUCCCUUUCACCGUCUCUCGCAUCAUUAGGUUUCAGUCUGCAUUUUAGAUAUUUUAUCUGAGAAUUGUGAGGUCUGGAUCUGGGGAAUGGCAUCGAUGAGGAGAGCGGCGACCUUGGCCCUGAUGUUGGCGGCGAUUGCGGUUUUUGUCGUCGGAUCUGAUGCUUCUGUUGACGCGUCGGAGGGCAAGAGGGAGUUCGUCCGCUCAACGGUGUCUUCUCAUGACGUCGUCAUUUUCUCCAAAUCCUACUGCCCGUACUGCAGGAGAGCAAAAGGUGUUUUUCAAGAACUGAAAAAAGUGCCAUACAUUGUGGAGCUGGACCAAAGAGAGGAUGGAUAUGAGAUCCAAGAUGCCCUGUCUCAGAUUGUUGGGAGGCGUACUGUUCCCCAAGUAUUCAUCAACGGAAAGCAUAUAGGGGGUUCUGAUGAUACUCUCGAAGCCUUUGAAAGCGGUAAGCUGGCAGAGCUUCUGGGUAUCAGCUCGGAAGCUGAUCUUUAAUUGAGCUGAACUUUAAUUGGGGUCCUUGCUGCUUGUCACAUUUAUCUCAUGAUUAUCAGGUUUUGUUAGACCGAAGGAUUUGCAUUUUGAAUUUGGGGUGUUAUCAGAUUGUUAUGAUAUUACUAUUCUUCUCGGCUUAAAAUCUGCAUCAGUUUACUAUGUUGGUUCUUA